AUGACAACGAUCGUAAUUCUUACACUUUCAAUUCACUCCAGGGUUGCUGGCUCCUCGCCGGCACGCAGAUCAUCUGGUGCUCGUCACCAGAUUUCUCAGUGCUGGACACCCAAGACACAGGGCCUCGCAGGUGCGGUCUUCAAUACCGUUGCACAAUUUGGUACUUCUAUCGAGCUCACCAGCCUUGCCAUCAUCUCCGCUGGUGUCAUGCAGGGAUCUCGAUAUUCUAAUAAAGACUCGCCCAAAGCAUUGAUGGCUGGAUAUCGAGCUGUCUUCUGGACUUGUUUUGCCUUGAUGAUAGCAGCCUGCGGCGUGGGGACUUGUGGAUUACGCAAGGUUGAAAAGGUAGGUUUGAAGCGAGAGUAG